GUCUGAUCGAUUGUGCGUAUUGAUCACUGCGUACUGCGUCACAGAGUCACGUGUGUUUUUAAAUCUCCGGCGGGCUAACUACUAAGGUUUACCAGGAUUAGCCGUCAAAACAUCACAGAUAGGGAGCUAAACAUUAACCAGACCCGUGUGUUUGCGUGUCAAAAGAAGUGUUUACUUUACCGAAGAACAUGGCGACGACUAGUUCUGUGUGGUCUAAAGGACAUAUGUUGUACAGGUAUUCUGUGAAUCUGCACCAAGCGACCAGGAGGUUUUCAGAGAGCAGCGACAAAGGCUGGUUCCGUUCCUUAUUUGUGCACAAAGUCGAUGCCAGGAAAGAUGCCCACUCCAACCUGCUGUCAAAGAAAGAGACCAGCAACCUGUAUAAAAUUCAAUUUCACAAUGUCAAACCAGAGUGCCUGGAAGCAUACAACAGUCUAGAGGCUGAGGUGCAAAACAGGCUCCAUCAGGACCUGGACUACCCAUGUGAGGUGGUCGGAAGCUGGAAUACCUGGUAUGGAGAACAGGACCAAGCUGUGCAUCUAUGGCGAUACAGAGGAGGCUACCCAGCCUUGACUGAAUGCCUGAAGAAGCUGAACAAUAACAAGGACUAUUUAGAGUUUAGGAAAGAGAGGGCGAAAAUGUUGAUUUCAAGGCGAAAUCAGCUCCUCCUGGAGUUCAGUUUCUGGAAUGAACCCUUGCCCAAACCAGGACCCAGCAUCUAUGAAAUGCGCACCUAUCACCUCAAGCCAGGAACUAUGAUUGAAUGGGGAAACCACUGGGCGAGGGCAAUCAAAUACAGACAGGAAAACAAUGAAGCAGUGGGUGGGUUCUUCUCACAGAUCGGCGACCUAUACGUUGUUCAUCAUUUGUGGGCGUAUGAAAGCCUCCAGUCCCGGGAGGAGACCAGGAACUCGGCGUGGCUGAAGGAGGGAUGGGAUAUAAAUGUGUAUUAUACAGUGCCUUUGAUCAGAAGCAUGGAGUCUAGAAUAAUGAUCCCCACCAAGAGUUCACCUUUACAAUAAGAAGAUGACUGAAACUGGGAGCAUCUGACUAAAACUCAUCCUCUUACUGCCAGAGUAACAUGUAGAUUUACUUUUUUUUAUCUGCUGGCAUCUGUGUUCUGUUCAAGUAUGUAAACAAAAACAUCUUCUGAUUCUAUAUUCGUACAGCAGCCAGCCAGUCAUGACAAGUAAUGAUGCAGUGUUUGUGUGCAUAUAUUUUGAGAAUCCUGAAAUGCCCAAGUUUCCAGAAUCUUUGGUCAAAUACAUGGAAAAAAGGAAUGGUACAAUGAAAUGCCAGAUUAUAUGUAUUACAUUACUUGCAUGUAUGAACACUACAGAGUGAAAAUUACAUGAUUGUGGAAAGCUAAAUGGUAUGUUUCCUGCUUUUUGUUUUUAUCAUGAAUUAUGGUAAUGGGUAUAUUUGUUUUUCACAAUGAAGGAAUAGCCUCCACCCAGCCUUUUAUGAUUGCACUGUUAUGACUGGAUGUGAAUCACACUGAAUGAGAUCAGACUGAGCUUCACAGCUGUGACUGUGAAACACAUGUUUGAUAAAUUAAACUUUCCAGACUACCUCAAUUAUUAAUAUAGCUGAUCAUUUCGCCGAUUAAAAUUUACAGUAGUUUGUGUAAAGAGCCUACCAGGAGCAAAUGUUUAACUUCUAGUAUGAAGUGGUCGGUAUUUUCAAAAUAAAAGUUGACUAGCA